AUGGCUGCUACUAUUACCACUGCGGGGCUCCGCGGAGCGCGCAACCUACUUCUCCUUCCGCUCGCCUUCCUGCUGCUCCUCGCCGUCACCAGCGCCAGCGCCGCGCAGCCCGUCCUUCACCCCCCCUCCGCCACCGGCUCACCGCGCAACAUCGCCCGCCGUGCUCUCGCCCGCGCGGAUUCCGCGGUAUCCCCGCACAGGGUGGAGCGGAAGCUGUUCAGCUGGGACGGCGUGACCGUGGAUCAGAUCAUUGCCGGCAGCCUGGGCACGAUCGACGGUCCAGAUGACGACGAGGUGACGACGAAGAUCGUGGAUCUAUUCAUGAACGCGGGGUACAACGUGAUGGUCAUUCAGAGCGCCCACUCCGUGCAGGGCGACCCGGCGUCCGCGCAGGUGGAGGUGUGGCACUUCUGGGAUAACUCCGAGUUCACCGUCUAUUACAAGAAGGGACCCUUCUCCGUGGAGAACCUUGGCAAUGGCGGGUACGAGAACUGGGCGUUCGGAGGCGUCUGGCAGCGCUACGGCGCGGAUGAGAAGGUUCCGAUGGCCGCUACAAACGCACGGCUCCGCGCACCCCGCGAGCUGCUUGUUCUUCCGCUCGCUUUCCUGCUCCUCCUCGCCGCCACCAGCGCCAGCGCCGCGCGGCCCGUCCUUCACGCAUCUCCCUCCGCGAACGGCGUCGCCCGCCGUGCGCUCGCCCGCGCGGACUCCGCCGUGUCCCCGCACAGGGUGGAGCGCCGAAAGCUCUUCAGCUGGGACGGCGUGACCGUUGAUCAGAUUAUUGCGGGCAGCCUGGGCACGAUCGACGGUCCAGAGGACGACGAGGUGACGACGAAGAUCGUGGAUCUAUUCAUGAACGCGGGGUACAACGUGAUGGUCAUUCAGAGCGCCCACUCCGUGCAGGGCGACCCGGCGUCCGCGGCGGUGGAGGUGUGGCACUUCUGGGAUAACUCCGAGUUCACCGUGUAUUACAAGCAGGGCCCCUUCUCCGUGGAGAAUCUUGGCAAUGGUGGGUACGAGAACUGGGCGUUCGGAGGCAACUGGCAGCGCUACGGCGCGGAUGAGAAGGUCGUUGUGUUCUCCUGA